GUGUGAGUUAGUGGCAGUGCGUCAUUCGUCAUGAAGCUAGUUGUUGUUUUGGCUUGUCUUGUUGUAGUAGCUGAGGCUUAUUCAAAAUCUGGAAAUCCAUACAAGACUAAGAAGUACAAGUGCGUCGAGGUUUCUGAUGAUGAAGAAAUUAGAAUUGUUCCAAAAAAGAAGCCAGUAACUUCCAAGUACCCGUGGAAGACAGAGGAGGAGAAAAUCAACCGCAAAAAUGAGGAUUUCCGAUCCACUGAAAGCAUCGAGAUGCCCAUGGCUAAAAAAGUGAAAACCCAAAAAAUCAGCACUACCACUCCACCAACUGUUUCCGAUGUCCAACGCGACUCCAAAGGACGCCCAUUGAUUCUUGAUCCAAAACACUGCAAACAGGUUGAACACUACUCCAAGACUUACGGUGUAAAGGAUGUUCCUGCCUGGGUAGCGAGCAACUGUGCAUUUGCCAAAAUGUACCUUCCAGGAGCAACUUGUGAGGAGAUUAACAUUUUGGUGGCCUCUUGCUACAAGAACAGAAGCUAAACCAGUAUUAUUAAUAAGUGAAGAUAAUCAAUCACAACUAAUAAUUGUAUUAAACUCUAUUUGACGAUCUGACACGUAAAAUCAUGAACAAUUUGUGCAAUUGAAUAAUAAAAUGGAUGAAAUUG